GCAUGCCUUCUUUCUGGCCUUUUUGAAGAAGCACAGUACGGUCCAAGGCAGCCGCCAAGGAACGAACAAUCAUAAAGGACCAGACGAGGAACGAAUUGACUUCUUGAAACAAAAUCUGCGAGAGAGUUGUUUGGAGGUUUUUUAUUUGAAAUUUAUCGAGAAAAAAAGUCGAAUGAACGAAAGCAAUAAAGGAAAAGUACGGCUGAAUGGAGGAAGAACAAGAAUUACAUUGCAUCACGAAGAGUUCUUGUCCGAGUUGAACGAAUACGAGUUUCGUGGCCAAUUUCGGAGCGACAGUAGCACCUGCAUGGCUAAUUGCUAUGGAGCGUACUUGUAUCACCGUCCACUAGAAGCACUACCUGCCGUGAAUGUAUCCAUGGCUCUAGCUGUCGUAACAUUGUGGAGGCUUCGCGAGAAUGCGUUUGUGGCGCCUGGAGUAGACGCAACGUAUAGCAACACGAAUGAUACUUCCAGCAAAGUGAACACGUUUCUGGAUUCUUGUCAAAUAGAUGUUCGAUUUGUACAUGUUAGCCCGCAAAUUCCCAUGGCGGACAUAAAGACCGGACUCGUGAAGAAAUUCAUCGCGGUCAAGGGCCACGUCGUAAAGGCACGACCGAGACGGCUCCGCGUUUCAACUGCCGAUUUGUAAGUUUUCUCUGGACAACGUACGUUUUAUUCAAUUUUGCCUGGAUAUUACAUUUCCCAUGUGGAACAACUUUUCUGACAAUCAAUUAAUCUAUAGUGGGUGCCAAAAAUGUGCAGCUAUAGUUCACCACGUCUUUGCGAAGGGUCGAUUCUCUCUACCAACAAAAUGCUCGGAUCCAAAGUGCAAAAGUAGAUCUUUCACUUUGAUUCGGCCAACAGCUCGGUAUACAGUAAGUACAUUCUCGUACUUGCUAUUCAUUCCGGUAAGCUUGCUCUUUCCCUUCUUACUAUUUUUUCCAAUAUAUUUGUCAAUUGAAAGAACGUCCAAGAACUAAGGCUUCAGGAAUCUCAAGAAGAGAGUACAUCGCAUGCUGGACGAACGCCGCGACAGUUUGAAGUCGAAUUGAAUCACCAUCUAAUCGACUCCUGUCGACCAGGUGAUAGCAUCUUGCUUGCGUGUCAAGUAGAUGCCGUGAACUCAGCCGUCGCUGCUGGAAGAGCAGGGAAGCGUGCCCAAGAGACAAGUACGUACAAGCUAUUCCUCCAGGGUCAUUCUAUCACCACGCUAAGCGAAUCCAACAACCAAGUGCGUGACGACAAAUUCAGUGCCGACUCUGCACAGGAAGGCGGCUCCCAGGUCACUUAUACGCAACAACAACUCCAGCAAAUCACGCAACUCUGUCAUGCUGAUCAUCGGUGUUUGGGCAUGGUGGAACGACGAGCCUUCCCAUUCGAUUUGCUUGUUAGAUCGCUUUGCCCGUCAAUUAUUGGUCAUCAUGCAGUCAAAGCGGGUAUCCUUUUAUGUCUUCUGGGAGGUACGCCUUCCGUCUCGGAGCAAAUCGAUAGGGGAAAUACGAUACGGAGCAAUUCUCACAUUUUGAUCGUGGGCGAUCCGGGGAUGGGGAAAUCCCAGAUGCUGCUUGCUUCCACGCAGUUGGCGUCGCGGUCUGUAUACGUUGGCGGCAACACUGCAUCUACUACCGGGUUAACCGUUACUUUGACGAAAGAAGAAGGGGGAGAAACUGGAAUAGAAGCAGGUGCGCUCGUUUUGGCAGAUCAGGGUGUGGCUUGCAUUGACGAGCUUGACAAGUGCAAACACUUGGAUGGGCUUUUAGAAGCAAUGGAGCAACAAUGUGUUUCCAUUGCAAAGGCGGGAGUUGUAGCUAGCCUGCCGGCAAGGUGCAGCAUCGUGGCGGCAGCCAAUCCAAAGCACGGCAGCUACAAUAUGAGCAAAAGCGUCGCUGAAAAUCUCAACAUGGCACGACCCAUAUUGUCACGAUUCGAUCUUGUAUUCAUUCUUCGGGAUCGAGCAGAUAAAGAUCAGGAUCGUCUUGUUUCUAGCAACAUCAUGAAUCUCUACCGGAAGCCUAAUGGAACGGGUAAAGCUGAAACUAGAGAUGAAUUCGAGCGCCUGUCAAAUGAGCUUUCUUCUAGAAGCAAUGCUCAAAACGAAAACACAGGUCAAAUCACCGAACCUAAUCGAAUUCCGUUGGAAAAGCGCCUUGCUUGGGUUACAGGUUUUAACGAGCCUUUGCCUGCGGGACUCGUCAAAGACUAUAUUGCAUAUGCCCGUGAAUACUGCAAACCUAAGCUAACAUCAGAAGCCGCUGUCAUCCUUAAGGAGUACUACAUGACUCUUCGCUACCCAGCGAACGGCCGCCACCACAGAGAUUCUGUUCCGAUAACCACGCGUCAAUUAGAGGCCCUGAUCCGUCUAUCACAAGCCCGAGCCAAGGCUUGUCUGAGAGAAUUCGUCUUGAAGGAAGAUGCUCUAGAUGUUGUCGAGCUGUUGAAAAGAUCCGUGGAACAAGUCCACACCGACGAAUUUGGUAUGGUAGAUAGGAGUCGCGCUGGAGCAAGGGGCCAAAGCAAUCGCAAAUUGAGAAGAGAAUUUGUACGAGAGCUCCACAAUAUUGUAGGUAUUGGGGCCGAAUGUACAUACGAUGACUUGCUUCGCGUUUCCAAUCGAGUGAACUGCCCUCUUAGUGAUUUCAACACUAUAAUUGAUGAUAUGCGAAACAAUGGAACUUUGAUAAAAAAGUCGAAUAUGAAGUAUCAAAUUGUAUCUUAAAUUUAUAAAUCUCCGAUACAGUU